CCAGAUGAGCGCGCUCCCAGACCGCUGCGGGCCGCCGGGCGCCCGGCAUGUCCCUUGAGUGCGCGCAGGCGGCGGGCGCCGGGUCCCUGCGCAGCCUGGAGCAAGCCAACCGCACGCGCUUCUCCUUCUUCUCCGACGUCAAGGGCGACCACCGGCUGGUGCUGACCGUAGUGGAGACGAUCGUGCUGGCGCUCAUCUUCACGGUGUCGCUGCUGGGCAACGUGUGCGCCCUGGUGCUGGUGGCGCGCCGACGGCGCCGCGGCUCCACCGUUUGCCUGGUGCUCAACCUCUUCUGCGCCGACCUACUCUUCGCCAGCGCUAUCCCGCCAGUGCUGGCAGUGCGCUGGACCGAGGCCUGGCUGCUGGGCCCGGUCGCCUGCCACCUGCUCUUCUACGUGAUGAGCCUCAGCGGCAGCGUCACCAUCCUCACGCUGGCCGCCGUUAGCCUAGAGCGCGUGGUGUGCAUCGUGCGCCUGCAGCGCGGCGUCCGGAGGCCUGGGCGGCGGGCACGGGUGGUGCUGCUGGCGCUCAUCUGGGGCUACUCGGCGCUCGCCGCCCUGCCCCUCUGCGUCUUCUUCCGCGUGGUCCCGCAGCUGCUCCCAGGUGCCGACCAGGAAAUUCAGAUCUGCACACUGGUUUGGCCCACCAUUGCUGGAGAAAUCUCAUGGGAUGUGUCUUUUGUGACUUUGAACUUCUUGGUUCCAGGACUGGUCAUUGUGAUCAGUUACUCCAAAAUUUUACAGAUCACCAAGGCGUCGAGGAAGAGGCUCACGGUGAACCUGGCGCACUCGGAGAGCCACCAGAUCCGCGUGUCCCAGCAGGACUUCCGGCUCUUCCGCACACUCUUCCUGCUCAUGGUCUCCUUCUUCAUCAUGUGGAGCCCCAUCAUCAUCACCAUCCUCCUCAUCUUGAUCCAGAACUUCAAGCAGGACCUGGUCAUCUGGCCGUCCCUCUUCUUCUGGGUGGUGGCCUUCACGUUCGCGAACUCGGCCCUGAACCCCAUCCUCUACAACAUGGCGCUGUUUCGGAACGAAUGGAGGAAGGUUUUUUGCUGUUUCUUUUUCCCAGAAAAGGGAGCCAUUUUUACAGACACGUCUGUUAGAAAAAAUGAUUUGUCGAUUAUUUCUGGCUAAUUAGUUUUUCUCUCUAGGCCGGGUUCCUCAUUCUCUGGCGAGCGGUCUUAUGCUCUUAAAGGGACUUAAUUUCCAGGACCGUCCCCCAGUGUACCCUGCUUUAAGAAAAUGUAACUUAUGCAAAUACACAUCUGCAGCUCCGGCACAUUAAAGGAUGAUCAUUCGGUAGACCAA